GGCAGACACUAUGCGGCUUCUAGUCGGUCUCCUGCUCACAAUUGUGGUGGCCCUCGCGGCACCACAGCCACGAUGCCGUCCUGAGCAGACCACCGUGCGAAGAGAUUGGGCCGAUCUGAGCAAGCAACAACGGACCGACUUCAUCGACGCCGUGUGGUGCCUGCGACGCCUCCCCUCGACGCUGCCCAAUGACCAGUACCCCGGAGUGCGAGAUCGCUACGACGACUUUGUCGCAACACACAUCAACUACACCCUCGUCAUUCACAACAACGGCCUGUUUCUCCCGUGGCACCGCGAGCUGUCCUACCUGUUCGAAAAGGCCCUCCAAGACGAAUGCGGCUAUAAAGGCGGCCUACCAUACUGGAACUGGCCCUCCUUCACCUCCAACCUAAGCGCCAGCCCAGUCUUCGACGGCAGCGACACCUCCCUCUCCGGCGACGGUCUCCCGGACCCCACAGCCCCUCUCGCCUCACCCCCCUGCCCCGAAAACGUAGCUUGCUCACCCGGCCACGGGGGCGGCUGCGUGCACUCCGGCCCGUUCACGAACUGGACAAUCCACAUGGGCCCGAUCAGCCUCUCAGACGUAAAGUCCUACGCGCCCCUCCCGUCCAACGCAUGGACCUACAACCCGCGAUGCCUCACGCGAUCCUUCAGCGAGAGCUACCUUCUCGCACAGAACACGCACCAGUUCCUAGACGCGAUGAUGGCAACGACCAACAUCAUCGAUUUCCUCGAGUACAUGGACCCGAGCGGGGAGGGAUAUUUCGGGGCGCACGGGAGCGGACAUCGGGCCGUGGGCUCGACCAUGUCGGAUGUGUUUGCUGCGGCGCAGGACCCGUCGUUCUUUCUGCAUCAUUCUAUGGUGGAUCGAAUGUGGACGAUCUGGCAGGGGAAGGACCCGGCGACGCGGACGAAUGCGUUGAACGGGACGACGAUUAUCUAUGAUCCGCCGGGUAGUCCGGACGUCACGCUGGAUACGGUGGCGGAGUGGGGGGUCGUGGGCCGGGCGAGAAAGCUGAGGGAGGUGAUGGAUACGACGGCGUAUGAUUAUUGUUAUCGGUAUGAAUAGGGGUUGGUGAGAAGUGGGUGUAUAGAGGAGGAGGUGUAUCGAUGUAGUGUAUAGUGUUGGAUAUUGUUUGUGGGCAAAUAGAUGGGAUUGAGAGGACCAGGGCAUUCCGGUCAAUCUAGUAAUGGGAAC